GCAGAAAACAGAGUUCACUAUCUCCUAGAUCUAGCCUGUUUCCUUGUCCUGGUUGUCAGCGGGAUAUUGAUCUCGGAGAACGUGGCAUCAAUGGCUUAUUUCGCAACUUUACUUUGGAAACCAUUGUGGAAAGAUACAGACAGGCAGCCAGGGCAGCCAUUGCUAUUAUGUGCGAUUUCUGCAAACCUCCACUUCAAGAGUCUACAAAGAGCUGCAUGGACUGCAGUGCAAGCUAUUGUAAUGAAUGCUUCAAAAUACACCAUCCCUGGGGAACGGUGAAAGCCCAGCAUGAAUAUGUUGGACCAACCACCAACUUCAGACCCAAGAUUUUGAUGUGUCCAGAACAUGAAAUGGAGAGGGUAAACAUGUACUGUGAAAUCUGCAGAAGACCAGUUUGUCAUCUUUGUAAACUAGGUGGAUGUCAUGCAAACCACAGAAUAACAAACAUGAGCACUGCCUACAAAGCCUUAAAGGAGAAGCUUUCAAAAGGUAUUGAGUGCCUCAUUGGUAAGGAGAGCCAGGUGAAAGCUCACAUCACACAGCUGGAUCUGCUGCUGAAAGAAACUGAGUUUAACAGUGAAAAAGCUAAACAAGAAGCAUUUCAAAGUUUUGAGAAAUUAUCUCAUAUCCUGGAAGAGAAGAAAUUUGCAGCUCUUAGGGCAAUUGAUGCUUCUAAGAAUUUAAGACUGGAAAAGUUGAAAGCACAAGCAGAAGAAUAUCAAGGGCUUCUGGAAAAUAAUGGCCUUGUAGGAUAUGCUCAGGAAGUGCUUAAAGAAACUGAUCCAUCUUGUUUUGUUCAAACAGCAAAACAACUUCAUGUCAGAAUCCAAAAAGCUACUGAAUCUCUGAAAAGUUUCAGGGCAGCAGCUGAAAGCACUUUUGAAGACUUUGUGAUGGACGUAGCCGAGCAAGAAUUGGUCCUUGGUGACUUGACCUUCCAUUCCAAUGGUCUAGAAAUACCAGAAAUAAAUGAAUUGCAGAGCAGAGUAUACAACAAAGCUCUGAUCAGUUGGGAAUGGCCUGGGAAGAGAGAUGCAGCUGAUACAUAUGUUCUUGAAUAUCAUAAGCUUAAUAGAGAAGAGGAGAAUGCAGUGUGGCAGGAGAUUGAAGUUUGCAGCCAGAGCAGAGUUAUAUCCGAUCUUGAUAACGACAGCAGCUAUGCCUUCAGAGUACGAGGAUAUAAAGGGUCCAUCUGUAGCCCUUGGAGCCGAGAAGUUACUUUACAUACGCCUCCAGCUCCAGUUUUCAGUUUUCAUUUUGAUGAUAAAUGUGGGUACAACAGUGAACAUCUGCUGCUGAACCCAAGAAGAACCUCUGUGGAAAGUAGAGCUGGAUUUUCUCUGCUGUUGGGAUCUGAGCGUGUGCAAACUGGAUGCUAUAUGACCCUGGAUUACAUCAUUGGUGACACUGGAGUUACCAAAGGAAAGCACUUCUGGGCUUUUCGUGUGGAGCCCUAUUCAUACUUGGUGAAAGUGGGAGUUGUCUCUAGCAGCAAGAUGCAAAAACUGUUCCAUAACACCCAUGAUGUGAUCAGCCCAAGAUACGAGCAAGAUAGUGGUCAUGACAGUGGGAGUGAAGAUGCCUUUUUUGACUCAUCACAGCCUUUCCCACUGGUCACAUUAGGCAUGAAGAAGUUCUUUAUCCCCACAACACCUGCUGCUUCGAAGGAUGCAGUGAGCAGGAUCCUUCCCCUCCCCUCAUCCUUGGGCAUCUGCCUUGACUGUGACAAAGGCAAGGUGGGAUUUUACGAUGCUCGCAGUAUGAAAUGCCUUUAUGAGUGCAAGGUGGACUGCUCUGGCAUGAUGUACCCAGCAUUUGCCUUAAUGGGUGGUGCAGCAGUUCAUCUUCAGGAACCUGUCACAGCAAGGUGUGGGGAGUGUGAUGACAAUGACAUCUAGUGCAGAGAGAUUACUUAUUCCCAUUGCUGUUUC